CAGCUGGUCCCAGCAGCCCCCUAUACUGGUCCCAGCACUCCUAUACUGGCCCAAUAACCCCAGUCUGGUCCCAGUAACCCCUUACUGGUCCCAGUGAUUCCAUACUGCUCCCAGUACCCUCUCAGUAGCCCCAGUCCCCCCCCAGUACCCUCCCAGUACCCCCACAGAUCCCCCAGCCCCCUCCAGUAUCCCCCAGUACCCUCCCAGUACCCCCACAGAUCCCCCAGCCCCCUCCAGUAUCCCCCAGUACCCUCCCAGUAGCCCCCAGACCCCCAAACACCCUCUCAGUGCCCCAAGAACCCCACAGCCCCCUCCAGUAUCCCCCAGUACCCUCCCAGUAGCCCCCCAGCCCCCUCCCAGUGCUCCCAGAACCCCUUCCAGUACCCUCCCAGUACCCCCGCCGGUGCCCCUAGAACCCUCCCAGUGCCCCCAGAAGCCCCCCAACCCCUUCCCAGUAUCCCCCAGUCUAGAGGGGGGGGUGUCGCAGGCGAUGGGCCGAGGGCGGCUCCUGGGGGGCUGCGUCUGGCUACUGGGGGGGCUGGCGCUGCUGCAGACCCUCUACCUGCGCGCCCUGCCCCCCCCCCACUCCCCCCUCCCCCACCGCCGCCCCCCCCCACCCAUGGCCCCCCCCCGCGGGGUGCUGGACACCUCGGGGACCUUCCGGGUGUAUCGGGACUUCUUGGGGACCCCCCCCCGCUGGGACCCCCCCGAAUUAGUCCUGGCCACCCACGGCACCCCGGGACGGGUGGCGGAGACCCUUGGGGGGGCCGUGGGGGGGGUUUGGGGGGGGCCCCUCUCGGUGGCUGUUUUUGGGGUACCCAAGGAGGGGUUGGGGGAGCUGUUGGCGGCUUUGGGGGGGCCCUGCCGGGGGUUACGGGCCCGCUUGCGGUUACACGUGGUGGUGGGGGCGGCCGCGCCCCCCCCCGCUGUGCCCCCCCACCCCGGCCCCCCAACACCGGGGGGGUGUCGGGGGACCCUCCGGCGCCUGGCAGCCACCGACCCCCCCAGUUACACUUUGGGGGUGCCGUACCCCGGGAAUCUGUUGCGUAACGUGGCCUGGGCGGGGGGCGGCGGAAGAAAGGGGGAGCCCCCCCCGGAACGGGGGUCUCGGCCCCCCCAAAAUCGGGGGGCGCUUCGUGCUGCUCUUGGACGCCGACAUGGUGCCCAGCCGGGGGCUGCGGGAGGGGUUCCUGAGGCUGCUGCGGGAGGGGGGGGCCGGGCUGGGCCCCCCAAUACGGGGGGCUGGCGGGGGGGUGGGGGACCCCCCGGCCAGGGGGGCUGCGGGGGUCUUGGGGGACCCCCCGGCUGUGGGGGCUGCAGGGCUCUUUGGAGGCCCCAGUGUCUUGGGGGCUCCAGGGGUCUUGGGGGACCCCAAAGGUUUGGGGGCUCCAGGGGUCUUGGGGGACCCCGAAGGUUUGGGGGCUGCGGGGGUCUUGGGGGACCCCCCGGCAUGGAGGGCUCCUGAUGGCCCUGGUGGCCUCGGGGUCCCCAGCGCCCUCGACCCCCCCCGUGUCCCUGGUGUCCCCAAUGACCCCGGGGUGCUCAACGCCCUGGAGGUCCCCAACACCCUGGGGGUCCCCAACACCCUGGGGGUCCCCAACGUCCCGGGGGUCCCCAAUGUCCUGGGGGUCUCCAACAGCGUCAGCAACGUGGGGGUCCCCAGUGCCCUGGGGGUCCCCAAUGUCCUCAAGGACCCCAAUGCCCUGGGGGUCCCCAACGCCCUGGAAGUCCUCAACACCCUGGGGGUCCCCAAGGGUUUCCAGGACCCAGGGGUCCCCAACGCCCCGGGGGUCCCCAACGCCCUGGGGGUCCCCAAGGGUUUCCAUGCCCCAGGGGUCCCCAACGCCCUGGGGAUCCCCGAUGCCCUGGGGGUCCCCAACGCCCCGGGGGUCCCCAAGGGCUUCCAUGCCCCAGGGGUCCCCAACGCCCUGGGGAUCCCCGAUGCCCUGGGGGUCCCCAACGCCCCAGGGGUCCCCAAUGCCCCGGGGGUCCCCAAGGGCUUCCAUGACCCAGGUGUCCCCAACGCCCCGGGGGUCCCCAAUGCCCCGGGGGUCCCCAAGGGCUUCCAUGACGCAGGUGUCCCCAACGCCCCGGGGGUCCCCAAUGCCCCGGGGGUCCCCAAGGGCUUCCAUGACGCAGGUGUCCCCAAUGCCCCGGGGGUCCCCAACGCCCAUGGGGUCCCCAAGGGCUUCCAUGACCCAGGUGUCCCCAACGCCCCGGGGGUCCCCAACGCCCCGGGGGUCCCCAAGGGCUUCCAUGACCCAGGUGUCCCCAAUGCCCCGGGGGUCCCCAACGCCCCGGGGGUCCCCAGCGCCCUAGGUGCCACCACACCGUCAUGGGACCCGGCGGUGUUCGUGCUGCCGGCCUUCGAGGUCCGCGCGGGCGCACGGGUGCCGGGGACGAAGGCGGAGCUUCUGCAGCUGUGGGACGCGGGGGACGCCCGGCCCUUCUAUGGGGCGCUGUGCCCCCGGUGCCAAGCACCCACGGACUACGAGCGUUGGUGGGCGCUGCCACCCCCCUCCCACCUGCGGGUGGCCUACGAGGCCCCCUGGCGUGACCCCUGGGAGCCCUUCUACGUGGGGCCGGCCCACGGCGUGCCACCCUUCGAUGAGCGCUUCCUCCAGUACGGCUUCAACCGCAUCAGCCAGGCGUGCGAGCUGCACGUGGCCGGGUUCCGCUUCGCGGUGCUGGACGGCGCCUUCGUGGCCCAUCGCGGCUUCAAGGAGGCCGGCGGGUUCCACGGCGGGCGCGAGGCCGAGCUGCGCCGCAACCGGCAGCUCUUCCGGCACUUCCGCGCCGCCCUGCGCCCGCGCUACCCCGGCUCGCCCCGCCGCUGCUGACCG